AUGAAUGCUCUUACGGAUAAGGUACUCGUGACCAAGGAGGCUCUGGCUGUGGCCCUUGGUGACAAUUGGGAGCGGUAUAGAGCAAAUAUGAAAAAUUGGUUUCGCAAUCGUUGGACGAAGGAGGAAUUCGAUUGCGAGUGUCGAAAAAUAAUGACGCCCGACAAACUCCAUUUGCACAAUCAAUUCUUACUGGCGCUGCUCAAUAAAAUCGAUGCAUUUGCUGCUCCUGAAACAAUUGCUACCCUACAGCCCACAUGCACAUCGAGCAGCCGAAGUGGCAGCGGCACAGCUGGCAGCAGCAGCAGUCGGAAACGCAAACGCAGCUCUCGCACAUUUGCGGAUCGCAUCAAUUUCGAGCUAUGCGAUAUACUAGAGUUUGUUAAAGAGGACAAUAUGCAGUUGAUACGCCCGCCCACAUUAGCCGGUGACCAGGGAAUGCAGCAACAACAACUGCCCACACAACGUUAUUGCGCCCAAGAACUAUUCCUGCCCGACGCUGGAUUUAUAAUGGGACGCUUCUUGAUUGGUGCCUGGGAGAUUGGUUUGAUCUCUGUGGAGGACAAUGUAGCCGAGUAUGUGGCCAUGGCCGUCCAGGUGCUGCUCAAAGAUUUGAUAGCAUCGAUUAUUAAGAAACGCAAACAUUAUAAAACUACCGGCGAAGGCAACUUUUUCUACGAUGUGGGCGCCCAGCUGCGUGAUCCAUCGCUGCGCAACACCGUCACACGGCAGAAGGUGGACGACACGCCACUAGAGCACGACAAAGAGCUGAACACAGCCAACUUUAUGAGAAGACAAAACGAUGACAUUGUCUUUCUCUCGGCUUGCGAGCAAGUCUUCCCUUGCGAACGUACUGUGAUCACGUUGAAAGAUUGCCAGCGUGCUUUUAGGGACCGCAAUCUAAUUGGAUCUCACACUGUUUACUCUCUCAAUAUGGAACGCUUAAAUAUGAUGAUGCAUUAAAAAAUUUGUACUCCA